GGGAUGGAGCGCGCCUUGGCCUCGCUCACUGGCCGCGGCUGCAGCUCCUCCGAGCGCCGGGGCGCCCACGCGAAGAACCCCAAUCUGGGUCUCUUCCAGGAUGACAGCAUUCGCUCUCCCUCCGGUUUGCAAGGGCCACCUUUCCGAACACAACGCCACGCUGUUGGUGCUGGUCUCCACAGCAGGAGCGCAGACCCCAGGAGACCACCAACCCUGAGAGCAGUUGCCAGAGGACCUCACCCCGCACCCCACCCAGGACCAAGUCGGGCGGCACAGGAGGAUGAGGACCCAGAGCCUGUUCCUCUUGGCGACAGACUUAAACCAAUGCCCUAGUGAGGGGGCAUUGGUCCUUAACCCCUGACCUCUGCUGUGUCUCAAUGCUUGGAUGUUUCCACGUGUCUUUGCUUGCUUUAACAUGCCAGCAAACUGGAGUUUCCCUGCCCAAGGUGGUAUCGGUCUCUGUCACCCGGUUCUGAUGAUGUCCUCAUUGGAAGGAUCCCUCUGGGAAUUUCUCAGGAGGGGGACCUGGGCCCAGAGCAUGGCCAGCCUUUUGCUGGCGACCCAGGCCCACUGUGGGUGUCUGGUAGGAGCAUGUAUCUUAACGCCGUGCUACUGAACCUCUGAGGUUGAGCCCACCUCUUUCCUGUCCAUAGUGAGGGGGGGGUGGGGGGUGGGACGGAGGAUAGGAGCGACCCCCCGGGGUGGUUGUGAGCUUGAAAUGACAGAGCAGCCUCAGGCAGCGUGGCCACACCACGCCGAGGCCAGCCACAAAUGUGUGUCCCAAAGGGUGGAAGGUCAAUCCGUUCUUGCUCGCUCACUUUUCUCGUUCAUUCUCCAGCAGCAUUGCCGACAGUCCCUGUGCACACCUGGCUCCAGCCCGGCUUCUCGAAAGGCCUGUCCGCCACCCCUGCUGUUCUUCACUCCUCACCUCCAAUUUCUUCUUCAACCCACUGCUCUUGACCUCUCUCCUCCGACUAACGGCUCCCGCCAGCCAGCAACCAGAGACCCUUGGGACGGCACCUUGCCAGUGACCCUGUGCUGGUUUGCCCCAGCGGGGCCACGUGUUCUUUUCCUGUCUGUCUUUGUCACCUCGCAACCUACAGCAGGCUGGCCUUGUUCUGGGCACACAGGCGGUGACCCGGCAGGCCGGCUGAAGAACCGAUGGAAGAGACCCAGGAGCUCCCUCAGCCACUACGCUGCCCUGUCGCACCCCACGCACGGACCCUUCCUGCUCCGGCCGAAGUCGCCGUCUUGGACUCCUCCAUGGGAUGGGACCUCAGGACCUUUGACCCCCAACGCCCUCCGGCUUGAAGAACCCUUCCACAGCCAUGGACAGGUGGACCCAAAGACUCACGGCUCUGGAACUGGGCCACCCCUGCGCAGAGAGUGUGCCCGCCCUGGCCUCUCUUCAGCUCUCCCUUCAGACUGAUGAACUGGUCUGACCCCUGGGUCAGACACGUGGGCAGUGUGAGCCCUGGCCCCUGACUUGGGGGACCUGAGACCUUGGGGGAACUGCUGACUGUGCAGGGUCUGCCCUUGUGGACCGUCAGGACACCUACCUCACAGGGUUGUUGUGAGGGACCGGAUGGCUCGGGAAACUCCCCGGCCUGCCUUGGCACGGGGCUUGCUCUCAAUAAAUGUGUUUCUUGCCUUAACAAAA